CUCAAAGUGUAUAACGGAGUAGUCGAUCAACAAGCGCUCACGUCACGACCACCAUUUGAAGUGUUUGUAGAAGUCAAGCAAUGUUUGACCAAUAUGGGACUCGUGGUGAAAGUGGAAGGGGAUUACAAAGUCAAGUGUGUUCGAAAUAAGCGAAAUCCCCCACCUGAGCGUAUUGAGCCUAUGUACGGUGAUCCACAAACGGAUUCUGGAGAAGAAGUUCGAUUCAUGGUGGAAAUAUGCAGACUCAAAAAUCUACCCGGCAUUUACAUUGUCGAUAUCAGCCGUCUGCGUGGCAAUGUCUGGGCAUACAAGUUCUUAUACCAAAAGCUG